AACAAUCGGGCACAUAACAAAAAGUACAGAGAAAAACAGGUCAAAAAAAAUAUUUUUUUGGUUUUGUAAUCCAAGGAGAAGGCCAUUGGAAGGGAGUUCGAGGACCAGUCCCUUUCUCUAUAGAACCCCACAAGAAUUAAUGUACAGCAAAACUGGUUGGGAACACAAAACGCUCAAAUGCUUUGAUUCUCAAAAUUUGACUCUGAUCCUCUCUGGGUGUUCAAAUUUUGUUCAUAGUAUUGAAAAAAGCAGGAUUUUGGGUGUGAUUAAACAGAAUUUAGCAGCUUUUUUGGGUUGAAAAGCUUUGCUGACAUUCAUCAGUGGCCUACCAAACGAGCCAACAGUACGCACGGGGCGGCCUCAACAGUUGGGGUGGAGAGAGAGAGAGAGAGAGAGAGGUUGUUCGUGUGUUUUGGGGGGAAGAUAAAAGACUUGGAGUGAUGGCUGAUUCAACUACCACCCACUCUUCUUCUCUCUCUACUGCUUCUUCGUCUUCAGCUUUUAUUCAAGAAAACCCAUCACUGUCUAGGCCUCCUGCUUCACAGGGUCAAUCACAGGAGGAAGAGAGAGAAAGUGUGAUGGUUUCAACGGCUGCUUCGAUGCAUAGGUCGGGUUCUCGACCACAGUUGGAUUUGAGUGGGGCAGCGAUUCAGGGGAAUUUUGAGGAGAGGAACCCAAUUAUUCUUUUGCCAAAUCAGUCUGAUGAUAUCUCUUGCAUGGCUCUCGACAUCGGAGGAUCUCUCAUUAAGUUGGUCUACUUCUCAAGACACGAGGAUAACCCACAUAAGGACAAGAGGAAGAAAUAUAUGAAGCAGAGGUUGGAAGUUCCUAAUGGCGGUAGGAGGAGCUAUCCCAUUCUUGGUGGUCGACUCCAUUUUGUAAAGUUUGAGACGAGGAAGCUUAAUGAGUGUGUGGAUUUCAUCAAAUGCAAGCAGCUUCAUCGUGGUGGGGAGGAGAAUGCAUGGAACUCUGGGGCCCUACAAAAUGAAAAUGUGGUUAUUAAGGCAACAGGGGGUGGGGCGUACAAAUUUACUGAUGUAUUUAAGGAAGGACUUGGUGUUACUCUUGACAAGGAAGAUGAAAUGGAUUGCCUUGUAGCUGGAGCAAAUUUUUUGCUUAAGGCAAUCCGACAUGAAGCUUUCACGCAUAUGGAAGGCCACAAGGAGUUUGUACAGAUUGAUCAUAAUGACUUGUUCCCCUAUCUUCUUGUCAAUGUAGGUUCUGGUGUUAGUAUGAUCAAGGUAGAUGGAUAUGGGAAAUUUCAACGGGUUAGUGGGACAAAUGUUGGAGGUGGUACUUUCUGGGGCCUAGGAAGGCUUCUCACUAAAUGCAAGAGUUUCGAUGAAAUAUUGGAACUAAGUCAGCGUGGUGAUAAUAGUGCUGUGGACAUGCUUGUUGGAGACAUAUAUGGUGGGAUGGAUUAUUCCAAGAUUGGUCUUUCAGCAUCAACUAUUGCUUCCAGUUUUGGCAAGGUGAUAUCAGAAAGUAAAGAUCUAUCUGAGUACAGACCAGAAGACAUUUCUCUAUCUCUCUUACGAAUGAUUUCCUACAAUAUAGGACAGAUUUCCUACUUGAACGCACUUCGCUAUGGGCUCAAUCGGAUCUUUUUUGGAGGAUUUUUCAUUCGUGGUCAUGCAUAUACCAUGGACACAAUUUCCUUUGCAGUUCACUUCUGGUCAAAGGGUGAGGCUCAGGCUAUGUUUUUGCGACAUGAAGGGUUCUUAGGAGCUCUGGGUGCAUUCAUGAGCUAUGAUAAGCAUGGUCUUGAGGAUUUGAUGGCCCAUCAAUUUGUGGAACGAUUUCCUAUGGGUGCUCCAUACGUGGGAGGGAAGAUUCAUGGACCACCAUUGGGGGAUCUUAAUGAAAAGAUAUCGUGGAUGGAAAAAUUUGUACAAAGAGGAACUGAAAUUUUGGCUCCGGUCCCGAUGGCUCCACCAGGAACUACAGGUCUCGGAGGUUUUGAAAGGCCAUAUUCACGGGGAGAUACUCUUCGUUCUGAUGCAAGUGCUGCGCUGAACAUUGGUGUGCUGCAUCUUGUACCCUCAUUGGAGGUUUUCCCAUUAUUGAAAGAUCCAAAGAAGUAUGAACCAAACACAAUCGACCUUGCAGAUCGUAGUGAGCUUGAGUACUGGUUUACUGUUUUGUUGGAGCAUUUGCCCGAUCUCGUUGAUAAGGCUGUGGCUAGUGAAGGUGGAACUGAUGAUGCUAAAAGAAGGGGAGAUGCAUUUGCUCGUGCAUUUUCUGCCCACUUGGCAAGGUUGAUGGAAGAGCCGGCUGCUUAUGGAAAGUUAGGCCUGGCCAAUUUAUUGGAACUUAGAGAAGAAUGCUUGCGAGAAUUUCAGUUUUCAGAUGCAUAUAUAACCAUAAAACAGAGGGAGAAUGAAGCAUCCCUCGCUGUUCUACAUGACCUUCUAAUGGAACUGGAUAGCAUGGAUGAGGAGACGAGGUUGCUGGCACUUAUUGAAGGGGUUCUUGCUGCCAAUAUCUUUGAUUGGGGAUCUCGUGCUUGUGUGGAUCUUUAUCACAAGGGAACUAUAAUUGACAUUUAUCGAAUGAGUCGCAAAAAAAUGCAAAGACCUUGGCGGGUUGAUGAUUUUGAUACAUUUAGAGAAAGAAUGCUUGGAUCUGGAGAUCAGAAACCUUUGCCACAUAGAAGAGCCCUACUCUUUGUCGACAACUCAGGUGCUGAUGUAGUUCUUGGGAUGCUUCCUCUUGCACGAGAACUCCUUCGUCGAGGCACUGAGGUUGUUCUUGUGGCAAAUUCUCUACCUGCCCUAAAUGAUGUUACUGCAAAUGAGCUUCCUGAUAUUGUGGCAGAGGCAGCAAAGCACUGUGACAUACUUCGCAAGGCUGCUGAGGCAGGAGGGCUUCUUGUGGAUGCUAUGGUUGAUUGUAGGGAUGUAUCAGAUGAUAAGUUCUGUUCAAUUCCACCGCUAAUGGUCGUUGAGAAUGGUUGUGGAAGUCCAUGCAUCGAUUUCCGGCAGGUCAGCUCAGAGCUUGCGACUGCUGCAAAAGAUGCAGACCUGAUAAUCUUAGAAGGAAUGGGCCGUGCUCUACAUACGAACUUUAAUGCACAUUUCAAAUUUGAUGCCUUAAAACUUGCAAUGGUGAAGAACCAGAGGUUGGCUGAAAAGCUAAUCAAUGGGAACAUAUAUGACAGUGUAUGUCGAUAUGAAGCAGCUGGGUCAAAACGCAGCUAAUUACUGCAGUUAUUCAUUUUACUUGUGUCUGGUGACAAUAAGAAGCUGGCAGAUUUGGUGCAAGCCAUCCAAUUUCUUAGGUAACAUUGAUAUUAGGAGACUUCCUUGAAUAAAGGGGAACUGGAAAACAUCUGAGCCAGGAAAAUUUGAAUUUAAAUUCAUCAAUGUAUUAUUAGAAGAACCCAUUAGCCUUGGUGGUUCUUGUUGCUUUACCCUUUUUAUAUGGUGCGAACUGCACAGUAAUCUUCCAUUAAUGUUGGGAAGAUAGAUAUUUAUGUAACAUGAAUGAGGAAGAAAUGAAAACAAAUAAGAACAGAUUUUAAUUUUAUGUA